AUGCACCGAUCUAACCGGUCAACCACCUACGAACCUAGUGAGAACAGGGCAGAGUUUGAUGCUGUUCUUGAGGACCCUGCCGAUGGAGUCAGCUGGGCCUUUCCAGAAGGUGGCCGAGAUGCAUGGGGUUGUUUGCUGGGAUCAUGUCUCAUGAUGUUUCCCUCAUUUGGCUUUCAGACUGCAGUUGGAUCUGUCCAGGAUUAUAUCAGCACCCACCAGUUGGCCGAGUAUGGAGAAAGAGAUGUCGGCUGGAUCACUGCGGUGCUUGUAUUCUUGACCUUGUUCCUCGGGGUCCAGGUUGGACCGCUAUUUGAUCGAUAUGGACCCAAAGUAUUGUUGAUUAGUGGAUCACUUGGGAGUUUCGCUUCCUACAUACUGCUCGCAGAGUGCACGAGGUAUUGGCACUUUAUGCUCUGCCUGGGUGUUCUUGGUGGCAUAUCGGCAGCAAUUGUCACGACAGUCUCCAUUGCGGUUCUCAGUCACUGGUUUAAUCGAAGACGCGCCCUUGCUUCUGGAAUUUGUAUGGGAGGAUCAUCUGCGGGUGGUGCCGUGAUUCCCUUGAUGCUACGAACUUUGUUUGAAAAAAACGGAUGGAAGUGGGCUAUACGGAUCGUAGCCUUUAUGGCUUUAGGGUGCUACAUGGUGGGAGUCCUACUCGUUAAAGGACGUCUACCCACUGGCAGCAAGAGCAGAGUGACAAUUGACCUUGCAGCUUUCAAGUCACCCCGUCUAUGUUUUCUUGCGGUGGCAGUCUUUUGUUUCGAGUUCAUAAUCUUUGGAUGUGCUGCACUUCUUCCAUCCUAUGUCCGUUACAGCGGUUUCUCCGUGGAUGUGCAAUUCUAUUCCCUCACUGUCUUGAAUAGCAUGAGCCUUCUCGGGAGAGUCCUCCCUGGCUUUGCUGCCAAUUUAUUUGGCCGAUUCAAUAUCUUGUUAUCCUUGGUUCUGAUAACCAUCAUAAUCAUGGCAGGUGUGUGGCUGCCAUAUGGGUCUCAUGAUGAAGGCACCCUUUACGCGGAAGUGGCGAUCUUUGGAUUUGGUUCUGGUGGGUGGCUCUCGCUUGCUCCAGUUUGUGCAGGCCAGCUAUGUGACACGAAAGAUUAUGGUCGAUUCUACGGCACCGUUUACUGCGUGGCUUCUUUUGGGGUCUUGCUCACUGUGCCUAUUGGAGGCCAGUUGCUGCAGUCGACCACACCACAGGUUCUCAUCGGGUUUUACUCUGCCAUGAUGCUCGUUGGACUUCUCAGCGUCAUAUUGUCUCGAUGGGCUCUUUUGGACUGGAGCUGGAAGUGGAAAGCCAAGGUAUAG